CGAUAUCGAUAGCUGCGUUAUUCGUGGUACUUGUAGAUGUCUCGGUAGUAUUGUGAUUGUGUUCCAAAAUACAGCCUAUGCUGUUGCCUAUUUCAUUUUGUCAAAAUUCAACUAGCAAGUUAUGCCCGAAACGUAUCGCACCCCAAGCAGUAGUUGUCUUUGGCAUUCGUUAUUAAUUAAAUCAGCCGCGAGCCCCUAACACAUCAGCUGUGAGGGAAUGAGAGAGCAACAGCAGCAACGACACCAGCACCAGCCCACAUUUGACUUCUACACCAGAAGCAACAGCAACAACAACAUUUGCUUCAUCCGCUUCUUCUUAUACAAAGUGAGCAGCAGCGAGUGCUGCAAAACACCGGCCCAACAUCAGCAAACAGCAGCGACGUCGACGUCAACGUCAACGAUUUGUUGGUAAUUAAAAUCAAAGAAAAACUCAACCGCAGUCGCGAGUCGUCGGCACAUAACGGAACAGAUUCAAUUCGUGCACUGAUCGCAUCGCAUCGCGUCGCGUCGUUUUCGUGUUUGAUUUUUUCACUUUUUUUUGUUGUAUAUAUAAAAAUAGCAAUACGCCAAAGAGCGAGCGAGAGAGAAAGUACGGUGGGGGGGUUAGCAGCAUUAUAUUCGUCGUCGUCGUCUUCAUCUUCUCCUUCUUCUUCAACUGUCGUCUCUUAUUGGAAUCUUUGGAUUUGGAUUACAUUUAAAAACACCAGACAACAGCAGCAACAAACUUGCAAAAAAGGGAUAACCUGCAGCGAGCAGAGCCAGAAGAGAAGAGGAAGAGGAAACUGUUAAGCGACGCCUGAGAACGCCGCCAAAAUUUCACUAGAUAUAAUGGCCAAGGACGAGGAGGAUGAUCUGCUGCCCGAUAAGGAUGCGGCCAAGGGCUUCUAUGCCAAAUAUGAACCCAAAGAAAUCUUGGGCAGGGGCAUCAGCUCGACGGUGCGGCGCUGCAUUGAGAAGGAGACGGGCAAGGAGUUUGCUGCGAAAAUCAUUGAUUUGGGCGCCACAACGGAGGCGGGCGAAACGAAUCCAUAUCAUAUGCUGGAGGCAACCAGACAGGAAAUCUCAAUUUUACGCCAAGUGAUGGGUCAUCCCUACAUAAUUGAUUUGCAGGAUGUGUUUGAAUCGGAUGCAUUUGUAUUUCUCGUAUUCGAGCUGUGCCCGAAGGGCGAACUCUUCGACUAUCUGACAUCGGUGGUAACGCUAUCCGAGAAGAAGACGCGCACCAUAAUGCGACAGAUCUUCGAGGGUGUCGAGUAUAUACACGCCAAGUGCAUCGUUCAUCGCGAUCUGAAGCCAGAGAACAUACUCCUCGACGAGAAUCACAAUGUGAAGAUCACAGACUUUGGUUUCGCCAGGCAGCUGCACGACGGCGAGAAACUUACAGAUUUAUGCGGCACGCCGGGCUAUUUGGCGCCGGAGACGCUCAAGUGCAACAUGUUCGAGGGCUCGCCGGGCUACUCGCAGGAAGUGGACAUCUGGGCCUGCGGCGUCAUCAUGUUCACGCUGCUCGUUGGCUGUCCGCCCUUUUGGCAUCGCAAACAGAUGGUCAUGCUGCGCAAUAUCAUGGAGGGCAAGUACAGUUUCACAUCGCCCGAGUGGGCCGAUAUUUCAGAGGAUCCCAAAGAUCUGAUACGCAAAUGUCUAGUCGUUGAUCCUGCGCAACGUAUCACUGUCAAGGAAGUAUUAAGACAUCCAUUCUUCAAUCAAAUGGUUCUAAUGAGCGAAAACACAAGAACAUACCUCAAUUAUCAUCCAACUAUCGGUAGCGGUAGCGGUAUCAAUAUGGGUGGUGCACGCUCCCGUCUCCCGCAGCCCGCCUUUCGCUAUGAUCAGCUGAACAGUGGCAACGCUGGCAGCAACAGCGGCUCCUCCUCAUCCUAUAUAUACUGCAGAGCGCCUCAAAGUUCGUAUUCAUCGAAUCGACUGCGCGACGUCGCCGCUAGCAGCAGCAGCAGCAGCCACCUUACGCCAGACGCUGACAAACCGAAGCAGCAGCAGCAACAGCAGCAGCAACAACAACAACAACAACAACCAAAAUUGGAGACAACAACAGCAAUAACAUCGCCCAACUCCACCUCCUCCAUGACGCUAACGGCAACAGUUUACUAUCAGCAGCAGCAACAACAGCAGCAACAGCAGCAGCAGCAGCAACAACAACAGAAGCAGCAAAAACAACAAGAACGGCAGCAGCAGCAGCAGCAGCAGCUUGAUAAUUAUGAGAGUGCGGCAAAUGCAAAUACAAAACAUUUAUUAAAUUCAUCAGAGCAGCUGCGGAAACAAAGUCGCUUCAAUGCUCGCAAAAAGUUCCAAUUUGCCAUAUUAGUGAUACGAGCUGUUAUCCGGAUACGGCGCCUGCGCUACACCGCCGAGCCGCUGCAGAUCGAGGAGGCAAUACGCGAUCCUUAUCGCGUCAAGGUGCUGCGCAAGGUUAUCGAUGGCUGCGCCUUCCGCGUCUACGGUCAUUGGGUGAAGAAGGGCGAGGGCCAGAAUCGUGCCGCCCUGUUCGAAAAUACUCCGCGCACCGAGCUCCAUGCGCUCUACAUUAACAAUCUCAGUCGAUAGAAGGCGGACCACACACACGCACACACAUACAAACAAACACAUGCACAUAUAAACACACACACACACGAGAAUUCGCAAGCAAUUACUAAACAAAACAAAAUAGAGACACCAAAACGACAUGCAAAAAACGUAUCAAAACGGAAAUAGCAAUAACAACGGUUUUUUUGUUGUUGAUUUUUUGUCCAUUCGAUUCACAUUAUGAUCUGAUUAUGCGCGGGCAAUCCCAUAGUUAAAUAAAUACAUAUGUGUAUAAGACAGAAGCUUUGGGUUCAUUGAACAGUGUUACAUAAGAAAAUCGCAAAUAGAAUUGCCCAAAGCAACAACAACAACAACAACGAGAAACACGAAAAGCAUAGGCACAAGACAACAACAUCCAAAUGCACAUAUAAACAUAUGUACACAUGUACAGAUGAUGUACACACAAAUCUAUGAGUAAAAAAGUAGUGUAGUUAACCGUUUAGGCAUUUUGCCCACGCCUCCGCCUCCUAUAUAUACAUAAUGAAAGCAACAAACGUACAUAGGUGCAUAUGUAUUUUCUGUUAAUGAUUUUAUUAAAUUAUUUAAUUAUA